CAGCACUACUAUAUCGCGUCAAGAGGUGGCAUUCUGUUGGAGCUCGCGAUCAUCUUCCCGAAACCACACAAGCGCUUAGAAUCCUGUCAGCGGAUUAUAUCUUCCUCCUCUAGGCCACGUUGAACCCUCAGGAAGUCAUCUGACAAUGUUGCGGUAGCAAUGCAGACAGUCUGGUCUCGAGCAGUUCAGACUCGAUGUACAUGCCGAUGCGCCCAAUGCAUCUCGAAGCCCUCGACAGCAAGUCGACGGGCUGCUUUAACAACAUCAAGGAAAAUCACUUUACCUGGGCCGUCCGCGACCUUCUUAUACUCGACGAUCUUCGCCACGGCUGUGGUAGCCGAUAGCAAGGCGAAGCAAAAGAGGAGGAAACAAUGGGACGACGCGAUCGCAGAUGUGAAAGGACAGAUCGAGGAACAUAACGUUCAAACACAUACAACAGAAGAGCUCCCACGGAAUGACGGGGCCGAGAAUCGUAGGACAUUGGGACUACAAGCGUCCAAGCCCUUGCGCGCAGCUUUUGCUCCUCUUCAGGUGGGCUCCGGCUUGCCAGCCCAUCUACAUGACGCAGUCAUUAAGCCGCACGCUUUUCUCCAACCGAACUCUAGCCUGCUGUCAGAUUCCGUGAAGACUCCUCUCUCCACGUUCCAGGAACAUAUCGACGAGAGCAAAGAAGCAAAAGUCCCCGAACGACCACUUGAAUCUAAGAGUUUAGCAUCGUACUUCAAUACCAGCCAUACCGAAAAAACAAGAUUCAUGCCAGCACACACAGGACCUCGGGUGCCGCUGUGGUGUCAAGCGCCCCAAUCUAUAUAUGCAGAACCCAGACGGCGUGCGGCGUGUCACAGUAGAUCAUGGACUGCGAAGAAAGUUCGCAUCUCCGAAGUGCAAGUUUUCAUGUUCAUCCUCCAUAUCUUGGGUCUAGCCUCGCCAUCAGAGGAGGAUCUAGCUACCUGCUCACCGCAGCUCAAGACACUUGCCUCGGCAAGAACAUCGCACGAUUGGCACCUAGAAGAGUACCACCAGGCGGUCUUUUGCGCCACCGCGGACCUUGAAGGAUUUGAUAGGCCUAGACCAUGGCUAUGUCCACAUUUCAGACUGGAGAAGGACGAGCUUCAUCACGAUACUUUGUCACAGCUGCAUGACAACCUCAGAUGUUUAUUAACCUCUCCGACCUCUCCCUACGGCUCGGCAUCAGUCAGUCAGCAAUCCAUAUGUGUCCAGAUUUGCGACCUCCUACUCACAUCGGUCGCCGCGCCAGACGUUCGCACGUACAAUAUCCUACUUUCUGGUUUGGUUCGGUUGGGUCUACAUGAAUUCGCCCAGAAAAUUAUUGAUUGCAUCAUGAACUCUCGCAUUCGCCCGAACGAGAUCACGUGUGCCGCUAUCCUCCACUACUACAUCGAGCAAGGAGAUCCGGCGAAGUUCAGUGAAUAUAUUGCCAAGAUGCGCGGCCUCCACGGUGGACUUAUGAAAGCCAAUCCAACCAUCACUAUAACGGAGAUUGGUGCGCCUCGACUCAUUCAAGCGGGGAAUCAAAUCAUUCAGAAGGUCUCACCUUCCCCUAUAGUCUUUUAUGAGCUUAUAAGGGGCGUCCUGCAAUUCGCAGGAUUCGAGCGCGCGCUCGAGAUAUACAUCAACAUGCACAGUGAUGGCUGGGGGCUCGACGUGCGGGGCAUCCGCCUGUUCCUGUACCACUGCGUCGUGCACUCGGACUUCAACAUCGGCAUCACGUUCUGGCACCAACUGAGGUCGCUCGUGGGCGAUCGCCCAAGCGAAGUCGACAUCAAGGACUUCAGCAUUAUCCUCGCGCUUUGCAAAGUCACGGGCAGAACUGAAAUCUACGCCAGUAUCUAUAGUGAGGCCGUGACCGUGCAUGACAAGGGUGUCCUGUCCAAUAUGAUCCGCGGUCAUGUGCUCAGCCUCGAUCCAAAUAGGUUGGACGAGACGCUGGAGGCGCGCUUUAAUAUCGCUAGCAAGCAAGUGCCUGUCCGGACUGCGUUCGACGAAGCGUGAGGGUCUCCCUAUUUAGGUUAUAUUUCUCCAACCAAACUUGCAUCUGGCUAGCAAGGGAGAGUUUUUUAUUUGUAUGCUUCCCACGAUGGACACUUCUGUGGAAUACGAGGAGUGGCUUUGUGCAUUUCUGGGGAUCUUCGCUACUUACUGUGUAGCGAGAGGGCUAUAUGACACGCAUAAUCAUUGAAACAAAUGAACGUAGACGCAGGAAAUCUGCUGACUCUGCUUUAUAACAGCAGUGUCUCGGAUGCCGAUCCGGGGUGGUGGAUACCCUCUGGGGUCUUUUCUCUCAUGAAUAUUUCAGGUCCCAAGCAAAGGCGUAUAGAGAGACAAGUCUUCACGACUGUGUCGAUAGAAAAAGCCUGCUUUCAACGCAGCAUCGUUAGUCAUGAAUUGUAUAUAUAUGUAUGUGUGUAUAUAUAUGUAUGUGUGUAUAUAUAUGUAUGUGUGUAUAUAUAUGUAUGUGUGUAUAUAUAUGUAUAAAAUGAACAAAUACC